AUUAUUUCCUCAAUACCUGUACCAGCGAACAAUGAACUUUUCCAGCGCACGAAAGCGAUUGACAGAGCCGGACAACCCAGACAAGAAGCAGGACGGUAGCAGCACACCGGCACCGUAUAUUGAUCCGUUCUCCAAGUCGCACACACCUCUGGCCGCAGCUUCGUCAAAGACGCCAGCCGGCAGCGACCAGCUGCUGCGUGCCAGAUCCUCCUGCAGCGGCCCGCUUUCGGUUGAAGAAGCCCUCCGGCUGAAGAACCAGCAGACCAGCAACGGUGAAGCCUCAAAGCCCGUAUUUCUAACCAAGGCGCAGCGGGCACAAUUGGCAUUGGAGCGCAAACAGCAGGAGGCCGAUGCAAUGCGGGAGCAGCGUGCAGCUGCAGUACACGCGUUCAGAAAUCAAGCAGAUAGAGAGGAUGGCGAGGCGGCAGAGACAUGCAGCGAUGACAAUAGGCGGCGUGACCGGCAUAAUAGAGACAAUGGGCGGACCAGGGAGCAGCAGCAGCAUCGAGGGCGCAGCCGUAGCCCCAGUCGCCGAGACCGGGACCGGGACCGGGACCGGUACUACGACCGUGACAGUGACAGAUACUACGACAGAUACCGCCCUGGAAGCCGUCGCAGGACUUCGCGGUCAAGGUCGCCGCCUCGUAGAGACACUAGAGACACCUUGCACAGAGACAAGAGGGGAGGAGGGCACGAGCAGAUCAGCGAGUUCAAAUUUAUCGGCAAGGCCAGCACGGACGGCACUGGAGACCGUGUGCUGACGGACAAGGAGCGGGAGAUGAUCAAGCAGCGGUAUCUGUCGGGCGACCACGCAUCGCGUUCCGGACGCAAGCAGACGAGCCGCAAGGUUGUGUUCGAUUGGGAUACAAGUGAGGAUACGUCACGCGACAUCAGCGAUCUUUACGAGCGCCGACACGAGCUGCAGCUGUUCGGUCGCGGGCACAACCAGCAACCCCCGGAUCCUCGCGGACCCGGCUCACCAGAGCUCAAAGCCGAUCAGGACCGGCUGGCACGGAUGCAUGAGCGCAGACAGCGACGGGCGGCCAAGGCUCUGUGGGAUGAGCGGCACUGGACCGAGAAGCCAUUGAAGGAGAUGCGGGACCGCGACUGGCGCAUCUUCAAGGAGGAUUUUAGCAUUUCGUGCAAGGGCGGCAGCAUUCCGCACCCGCUGCGGUCGUGGCACGAGAGCCGAAUUCCGAUACCCAUCCUGCGUGCAAUCGAGGAUAUCGGGUACAAGGAGCCAACGCCAAUCCAGCGCCAGGCCAUCCCGGUCGGGCUACAGAACCGCGAUCUGAUUGGAAUCGCCGAGACAGGCAGUGGCAAAACAGCGUCGUUUCUGAUCCCGAUGCUGGCGUUCAUUAUGACACGGCCCCCGCUGAGCGAGAAGAACAUGGCAGACGGGCCGUAUGCGCUGAUUCUGGCGCCGACGCGCGAGCUGGCGCAGCAGAUUGAGGGGGAGACACACAAGUUUGCCCGGCGGCUCGGAUAUACGUGUGUGUCCAUCGUGGGCGGCCAUGACAUCGAGCAGCAGGCAUUUGCGCUGCGAAAUGGCGCAGAGAUCAUUAUUGCAACACCCGGCCGUCUGCGGGACUGCAUCGACAGGCGGGUGCUGGUUCUGAACCAGUGCACAUAUGUGGUCAUGGAUGAGGCCGACCGCAUGAUCGACAUGGGCUUUGAGGAGGAUGUCAACUUUAUUCUGGAUGCGCUGCCUGUGUCCAACAUCAAGCCCGAAGAGGGGGAGGAGGAUGCGGAUGGCGACGACAGCGGGUUCAAGUACCGCCAAACGACCAUGUUCUCAGCCACGAUGCCGCCAGUGGUGGAGCGGAUGGCGCGCAAGUACCUCCGGACCCCCGCUACAGUCACAAUCGGCACAGCCGGCAAGGCUGUCGACACGGUGGAGCAGCGCGUGGAGUUUGUCUCUGGCGAGGAGAAGCGCAAGCACCGUCUGUUGGAGCUGCUCUCGCGGCACCACCACGACCCGCCAAUCAUUGUCUUUGUCAACCAAAAGAAGAACGUGGAUUUGCUGGGCCGUGCGCUGACGCGCUCCAACUACUCGGUAGUGACCCUGCAUGGCGGCAAGUCGCAGGAGCAGCGCGAAUUGUCUUUGGCCAAGCUCAAGAACCACGAGGCGGAUAUUCUGGUGGCGACCGAUGUGGCGGGCCGCGGAAUCGACGUCAAGGACGUCAGCCUGGUGGUGAACUUUGAUAUGGCCAAGGAUAUCGAGUCGUACACGCACAGAAUUGGCCGAACCGGACGUGCAGGCAAGAGGGGCUUGGCAGUGACGUUCUUGGGUGCGGACGACCGGGAUGUGCUGUAUGACCUAAAGAAGAUGGUUGUGGCAUCACCACUGUCCAAGUGCCCGCAUGAGCUUGCUAGUCACGAAGCUGCUCAGGCCCCGCCUGCGCUGAUGCGGGCAGCUAGAAAGUAGGUCUGGUCAUGUGCCCAGGAAAAUGGCGUUUGCAUUUUUCAGCUUCAAAAAGGCGCGACUUAUUUUGACUACCAGCAGCAGAGCUUUAGCUUGCGCUUUUUUAUUCUGCUUUCGCUGUGUCUAGUUCAAUUUACACUUUUCUUUUUUUUUUUUUUUCGCUCUCCCAAUUCAACCUGCUUAUAUCACUAUUUCCACCGUUUCAUAAAUGACAGACAGUGCCAACGCACAGCGCCAGCGGGCCACUGUAGCCAUAGGCGACUAUGAGCUUGGCCCGCAAAUAGGCCGAGGGUCGUUUGCCACCGUGUAUCGUGGAGUCAACAAG